AUGGUUAUCGUGAUUUAUGUGGAUGACAUUUUGGUGGCUGGGUUUGACGAGGAUUGCGAGGAGUUGCUUGCUUCUCUCAACAAGAAGUUCCCCACCAAAAAUCUGGGAGGAUGCGAAUGGUUUGACGGGUGUGCCAUCGCGAGAGAUGUAGAGGCUGCGACUCUUAAAAUCUCGUAAACCGCGUACAUCGACAGCAUGGUGAAUCGCUUU